GCGGAAUGUUUGAUUGAUGAUGAGAGCAUGCUGAUGUGGCAUUGGACUAAGGUGGCACUGCAUUGCGUUGUGGGUGGUACCGAGGUCAUGACCGGUCAUCAAAUGCAACAUCGGCUCAAUUGGUGGGAAAUCUGUGGUUGGGGGAAGCUAUCUCCAGUUCAGCCCCAUGACCGCACGAGAACGGGAGCUCAGAGAGAUCCAACAGGUCGAGAGGCUCCGCCAGCAGUUGAGGAGGAUCUGAAGAAAGCAACCGAUAGAGAAAAAGAGAUAAAAAAUAGAGCAGCCAGACUCGAUACGUUAGAGGCUGACAAGGCUGCAUUAGAGGGAUUGGACGAAUCAAGUUUGUCUCACCCCCUGAAAGUGUUGAGGGACAACAUGUUGUCACUGCAUGCGCAUGUGGACAGCAGGAUGGACUUCAUGCAAAGCACUUUGGACCAGAUCCUGGAUGCAUUAACAAAGCCAGGAUUCCGGCCACCAGCACAAUCGUCGUUGCCGUUAACGGCGAUGUCAGGCCCCUUUGCCGUACAAGCUGGCACACAACCAAGUGGUACGUCUGCAGCAGCAGCACAGACUGUUGCAUCUUCUUCUUCGGGUCCAGUGGUGAUUGCUACAUCACCACAACAACCUGUUCAGCAAUCUGGACAGCAGCAAGGUCAAUGGUACCCCAAGACCCCAAUGAAACCGCCUCUUGCCUUCUCGGGCGAGAGAAAGGACGAGGAACUCAACACAUGGUUGAGGACGGUCCCAGUUUGGGUGAAGGCCAAAAGGACCUUGCCAGAGGAUGAGGUGGUAACAGCGGCAUCUUACCUAGAGGGUAAAGCAGCCAAAUGGUUAGAUGGGGUAGUUGUGAAAGCCGGGUCAGUUAGGGAGCUUACGACUACCGUCGAGAGCUUGAUCCUCGUCCCAGGCAUCAACUACAGUGACCAAUUCCUCUUGAUCACGUUUGUUAGAUGUCUACCUGAGAACAUGAGGAACUUACUAGCCAGUGAGGCACGCACGGAGUACCACUCAUUUGAGACAUUGUCUAGGAAAGCCUUAGACUUAGAGGCCACGCUAGGCAAUGCUCAACCCACCUCAGGGAAUGACUCAAAGAAGAAGAAGAGUCCUCAGGAGUGGAAGAAGAAGGGGGCAAAGUUGAUGAUGGUUGAGUCUGAUGGGACUCAAACUGAGAUCGAUGAGCUCUCUGACAUGAUGGACUACUCAAAGUAUGACGGCGAGGAGGUAGCUGAGGGUAGCACCCUCGCCGCGGUAGUAAAGACUAAGGCAGGUGGCCGAGGAAAGGGCCAACCUAGGAGUCAAGGGAAGGCCGCCUCCAAUCAGUCCAAACAGGCUGAGUGGGUCAAGGCAGGUCUUGACCAAGACGUGUGGCGUGACCGUCGAUCGCGUGGCGCUUGUAUCAACUGCGAUGAAUACGGACACACGCAGUGGAAGUGCCCGAACGCUAAGGUUACACAAAAGGUUGCACCAAAGGUUGGGGCAACUAUUUCCCAGGCUUCUAGCUCGGGAAACGCGCCAGUGGAAGUGAUAGCGGCUUCUACUCAAGAUGAAGUGGGAAUGAUACCCUCCUCACUUUAUGACAAGGCCGAAGCUAAUGACUCCUUAGCUACCCCGCAGACGCAUCUAGACCAAACUAUGCUCUGUACGUUAGAUGUGUCUGAGGCCUUAGAAGACUUAGAAGGCGAGUGGUCAAACAAGGACCCUCGUGAGUCUUGGGCGGCGCUAAAGAAGGGUCCUAGAGGGGAACAUUUCGUUGUGGAAGUGGAUGUAGGAGGCCGCAAAUGAGUUGUUGAUAGGGAAGUCGUCCACGCUAUAGAAAUCAUUCCACGGAGUAAGACCCCAAAGGGAAGGAUCUAUAGGAUGGCCCCUGCCGAGUUAGAUGAACUUCGGAAGCAACUCAAGGAGCUGACAGAGAAGGGAUGGAUUCGGCCUAGUACUUCCCCUUACGGAUCACCUGUGCUAUUCGUACCAAAGAAGCGGGGUACUUUGAGGAUGUGCAUUGAUUAUACGGGCCUCAAUGCCAUCACGGUGAAAAACGCAGAGCCUCUACCCCGCAUAGACGACCUAUUGGAUAGAGUGCAAGGAUGCAAGUACUAUACGAAGAUAGACUUGAAAUCCGGAUAUCAUCAGAUCGCAAUAAGACCCGAGGACCAACACAAGACAACUUUUCAGACUAAAUAUGGUCUGUAUGAGUUUGUAGUGAUGCAUUUCGGUCUUUGCAAUGCGCCGGGCACAUUCCAGCACGCUAUGAAUCGGAUCUUCCAUGACCAUUUAGAUAAGUUUGUCGUAGUCUAUCUAGACGGCAUUCUGAUCUUUAGUAAGUCUGUCGAGGAGCACGCACAACAUGUUGAGACAGUUCUCUCACUCCUACGACAACACAAGUACAAGGUCAACUUAAAGAAGUGUGAAUUCGGUCGCACUAAGAUUCUAUACUUGGGUCAUGAAGUAUCCGCGGAGGGAAUUAGGCCGGAAGAUGCGAAAGUGGCUAGUAUUCGAGACUGGCCACGACCUCAGACAGUUACUGAGGUCAGAUCUUUCUUAGGAAUGUGCGGCUACUAUAGGAACUUCGUAAAGAACUAUUCUACAGUCGCCUCUCCUUUGACAGAUCUAACUCGACUUGACACGCCGUGGGACUGGAGUGAUGAGUGCGCGGGUGCUUUCAAGAGAUUGAAGCAUGCACUCAUGAAUCACGAAGUUCUCAUGGUUCCCGAUCCGCAGAAGCCAUUCAUAGUGACCACUGACGCAAGCCAAUACGGCAUUGGCGCAGUGCUGGCUCAGCAGGAUGGGAAAAAGUUGAGACCGAUUGAGUAUAUGAGUAAGAAGAUGCCAUCGAAGAAAUUGGCUAAGUCCAUCUACGAAAGGGAACUCUACGCUCUCUGCAAGGCACUUGUCCAUUGGAGACACUUCCUUUUGGGAAGAUUCUUCUAUCCGAGGACUGAUCAUCAGACCCUCAAAUGGAUCAAGACUCAACCGGCUCUUUCUGAUGCACUCAAGCGAUGGAUUGAGGUCAUAGACCAAUAUGACUUCAAACUUGAGUACCUGAAGGGAGAGUACAACAAGGUUGCAGACGCGCUAUCCCGUAGAGCAGACUACCUAGGUGCAAUGCUAGAUGACGCAAAGAAGUAUGUUGAGACCUGUCAGGCUUGUCAUCGGGACAAGCCGCGAACUCAAGCACCGCUUGGGUUAUUGAAGCCUUUACCCAUUCCUGAUGGUCCAGGAUUGAGUGUUUCCAUGGAUUUCAUGGACACCCUAGUGACCAGCAAGAGUGGUAAGAGGCACAUUUUCGUCAUCAUUGAUAGAUUCACCAAGUACGCUAGACUAAUACCAAUGCCGGAGACAGCCAGGGCGGAGUAUGUCAUCAAGUUGUUCAAGGACAACCGGGUAAGGGACUUUGGUUUACCAAAGACCAUCAUUAGUGACCGAGACGUCAACUUCACAAGUGAACUGUGGAAGAAGACCGCAGAAUAGAUGGGCAGUCAACUUCAAAUGACUUCAGGGAAUCAUCCCGAAGCCAACGGACAAGCCAAACAAAUGAACAGAGUGGUA